UGUAUAGUGGUAGCUUAAAUCUUGUGUACCUCCACACAUUACUACUUUUAAAAUCAAGCCUAGUCAAUGGAUAGAUCUUCCCAUUUCUACCUCCUUAUAACAUCAUUCUUCCUACUUCAAUGGCUGAUUUGUUCUGCCUCAGCCAACUCCGAUAUCAACACUGAUCGUUCCUCGCUUACUACCUUCAAAUCUCGAAUCUCUUUCGAUCCCAAUAAUAUAUUGACCCAAAAUUGGAGCGGUGAGAGCGACGUUUGUAACUGGAUCGGAGUUACCUGUGAUUCUCGCUAUCACAGGGUGACUCAGUUGAACAUAUCAUACAUGGGUCUUGUCGGGAGCAUUCCACCAGAAAUCGGAAAUCUUUCUUUUCUCAUUUCUUUAGAUUUGACCAAGAACACAUUUGGUGGUCCUAUUCCCCCAUCUGUUUUCAACUUGUCAUUUUUAGAAAUUUUGAAUUUGGGGGAGAAUAAUUUGUCUAGCAGCUUACCAUUUGAUAUAUGCAAAUACAAUCUGCAUAGACUCAAGAGACUUCGUAUAUCUUUCAACAAGUUGUAUGGGGAAAUACCAUCGAGUUUGAAACAUUGUUCGCAACUAAGGUAUCUUUCUUUGCGCAGCAACAACUUGAAUGGACUCGUGCCGGCACAAAUUGGGAACUUGACAUUGCUUCAAGAGUUAUACUUUGGUGGUAACAAUAUAAUUGGUAAUAUUCCAAAAGAGAUAGGUGAUCUUACAAAUUUACAAAUUUUGGACCUGAAUAUGAACAAAUUAAAUGGCACAUUUCCAGCAACUAUUUUCAGCAUAGUAUCAUUACAAAUUGUUGACUUUUCCUACAAUCAACUUAGUGGACCAUUAUCACCACAAAUUGGAAACAUAACAUCCCUUUUCAGACUAAGCCUUGAAUUCAACAAUUUCAGCGGUAAUAUUCCUAAAGAGAUUGGUCGUCUUAGUAAUUUCGGGCGACUAAGCAUGUCUGGAAAUAAGUUCAGUGGAUCAUUGCCAGGAGAGAUUGGGAACUUAACAACCAUGUUUGGAUUGUUUCUUCACAGUAAUGAUUUAAGUGGUAAUAUUCCUAAGGAAAUUGGUCGUCUUAAUAACUUGGUAGAGUUGCAAUUGGAAGAAAACAAUUUCAAUGGAUCACUUCCUGAAGAGAUUGAAAACAUGACACAACUUACAUACUUGUGGCUCAACAACAAUAAUUUAGAUGGUAAUAUUCCAAAACAAAUUGGUCGUCUUAAUUUGGAGGUACUCAAUAUUGCAACGAACCAUUUUAGUGGUUCGUUGCCGAGAGAACUUGGAAACUUAUCAGCCAUGCGCCAAGCCUGGCUUGACGUCAAUAAUUUUAAUGGUAAUAUUCCAAAAGAAAUUGGUCAUCUCAAUAGUUUGGAGACACUCACUAUUGCAAUCAACAAUCUUAGUGGACUGUUGCCAAGUGAAAUUGGAAACAUGACACGCAUUCGUGAGUUAUGGCUUUUCAACAAUAAUUUAAACGGUCGAAUACCUUCCGCCAUUGGGAAUAUGUCAGGGCUGGCUUAUUUAGGACUCCCUCAUAACAAACUAAAUGGAGAGAUUCCAUCAUCCAUUUGCGACUUGAGAUUACUGUCACUCCUCCAUUUAGCAGACAAUCAUUUGGAAGGACAGCUGCCAAAGUGCUUGGGAAACAUCAAUAGUUCACUAUUGCUUCUUAAUUUGGGUCAAAACCAAAUCACAGCCCUCCAAUCUACACUUGAAAAAGGAUGCAGUCUUCAGUACAUUAAUCUGAAAGACAAUAAAUUGGAAGGAAUACCACACUCCUUAAUCAACUGUCACCGUCUGGAAAGCAUUGAUGUUGGUGAUAAUGAACUACAAGGUGCAUUUCCCUUCUGGAUGGAAGGAUUCCCUCAACUUCGCAUCCUCAUCUUGAGGUCUAACAAGUUGAAUGGUACUAUGUUGGAGGCUUUAAAGACCGAGCAUCCGUUUCCAAAGUUGCAAGUCUUGGAUAUAGCAAGAAAUGCGUUUGUUGGCUCUUUACCUGAUACAUAUUUCAUGAAUUUCGGAGGUAUGAUAGAUGCUAAGGAUAAUCUGACACGCGUUCAGAAUGAUGUGCUCCAAAGAUAUUUUGACUUAAGCGUCACUUUGAAAGGUUUAGAUCAGACAUUGCUGAGAUUGUUGGAUACGCUUACAACGAUUGAUUUUUCAUCCAAUAAAUUCUCUGGGAAUAUUCCAGUUUCCAUAGGCAAUCUUAAUACUCUGAGAUACUUGAAUUUGUCCCGUAAUACUCUCACGGGACAGAUUCCUGUGUCUCUUGGGAAUAUAAGUAUUCUUGAGUCAUUGGAUUUGUCAUGGAACAGAUUAACUGGAAAAAUUCCAAGUGAUCUUACAAGGUUGACAUUUCUUUCGAAAUUAAAUCUAUCAAUGAAUAAUCUUGUGGGGCCGAUACCAAAAUCUAAGCAAUUUUCUACGUUUGAAAGUGAUUCAUAUAUAGGAAACUUGGGAUUGUGUGGAGUUCCAUUGGCAAAACAUUGUGAAAAAACUGAUGGUAAACCAAUGUUUCCUCCAGAAGAAGAUGAUGAAGAGUCGGGAUUUAUAGAUGGAUUUGGUUGGCGAAGUGUGGUGAUGGGAUAUGGAUGUGGAUUUGUAGUUGGAAUUGGAAUUGGUUACAUGGUUAUAAGAAGCGGAAGGCCAAGAUGGUUAGUGAAAUUCUUUUUUGGCCUUGGAUAUAAUAAUAGUAAGAUGAAGAGAAGAAACAGAGCAAAAGCAACAACGAGAAGUUGAUUCAAAACAAGCAUGUUGUGCUUUACUUGAGCUUCAUUUGUAACACUAGCAUGUUGUGUGUAUGAUGUUUUGCAAAUAAUGCAUCUUAAACUAUGCAAUGUUGUAUUUCUAAGUUAGGCUACAUUUGUUUCUGUUGUAUGAUUAAGAGCAUGAAUAACCCUGGCCCGGAUUUGGGCCGCAAGUCCCCUCCACGUCAUCAUUCCCUCAAAUUAGGGGUUCCAGGCCACAA